AUAUGCCGCGAUGCUGAUGUUGAAAACAAGAUUUAAAUCGAGUUCUCGUCAGAAGGCCGGUGAGAAGAUCUUCGCUGUGGAUAUAAAGGAUGAGAAUAUCACAGCGAAACUGGGACUUGAGAAAUCCGCCUAUCCAUAAUCUCAAGGCUGCUUAAAAAAGUGAUCUAAUUAAGGUGGACGUGGGACGUGAGGCGCCAUCAGCAGCUAGAAAGGAGAGCUAAAACGUUUACUGGGUUGGGGGUGACGCCGAUAUGGGGCACUGCCAACCUGCACCAUUGACUGUGAAGCUGUUUUGUCUUGGAGAUCAUCCAUCACGUCCAAGAAGUUUACGGUUAUUUCCUUCCGUACAUUGAACCUAGAUGUGUCAGAGGUCAUUACACCUAAAGAUACUCUUCAUUGAAAGUUAAUCUGCCUUUGCUACUUUGGUGAUGAACCUCUUUCAUAAAUUGAGUAACUGGUUACGUUUAAAACGUCAAGAGGCCAAUGUCUUGUGCGUGGGGCUCGACAACAGUGGGAAGUCAACAAUUAUUAACCAGCUGAAGCCAUCUUCUGCUCAGACUCAAGAUAUUGUGCCAACUAUAGGAUUCUGUGUUGAAAAAUUCAGCACUUCCAGCCUCACUUUUACUGUAUUUGAUAUGUCAGGACAAGGACGGUACCGGAGCCUUUGGGAACAUUAUUACAGGGAUGCCCAUGCCAUAAUCUUCGUAAUUGACAGUGGAGACAAAGUGAGGAUUGUAGUUGCCAAAGAAGAACUGGAAAUGCUUCUUCAUCAUUCUGAUGUGAAACACAGGAGGAUUCCAAUCCUUUUCUUUGCCAACAAAUCAGACCUGCAGGAUUCCUUGUCCUCUGUUAAGGUGUCUCAGAUGAUGGGAUUGGAUAACAUUAAAAAUAAGCCUUGGCACAUUUGUGCCAGCAAUGCUUUGACAGGGGAAGGGCUGCAAGAAGGAGUUGAUUGGCUUCAGGAUCAAAUUCGUUCACUGAAAUCAUGAAGAAGCAAUGAAAGUGAGGCACUAAGGAUGUGUUUGUUCUAAAGUGAUGUUUAAACAGAAUCACUUGCUAAAAAAUCUAAAGAUCAGGAGUACAAUUCCCAAGUCACUGCUCACCAUAUUUCAUUUAUAUUGUUUUGGUUUCUCGUGUGUACAGCAUUACAGAUGUUUAGGAUUGUGCCACUGAUUUUACUUUUAAUUUUGUAAUUAAUGUGACUUCAGUGAUGUCUCUUUGUGAAUGUGUUUAUGUUUGUAUGGGAGCUGCCAGUUUUGUGUCACUGCUCACAAUGGGUACUGCCAUUUUGUAUGUCUGUUCACUCUAAUGUUAAGUAGUUGCUGUGCAUGUGAUCCAGUUGCGACAUGACCCAUGAUGCCAUUUUGACCAUGUAAUAAAAGAUGGCCACCUGCCUUGUGCAGUGCCCCAGCUCUGUUGUAAAAAAAGAAGCGAUGACGUAACUAAACAUUUUUGAGCACUCUGUUAGUUUAGAAUGUUAUGGUGUUAACUUUUGGUUUACCAGGCACCCUUAAAAAUGGCUAAAUGAUCCUUAGUGACUCUGGCUGGCUAUCGCUGACGUCUCUCAGGCUCAGACAGUCUUUGGUAUUUGAUUAUUAGAUUUGGUCUGCUUGGACCUCUGAGGAAAUUGUCAUGACACUAACUACUGAACAACUGAUUAACCAUAACCAAAAUAAAUACAGAAAUAUCUUUAAUUAUUUUUCCUGUACCAUACUGGGUGGUUUUUUGAUAUGAACUUCUGUAUUGUUUUUUUCACAUUUUUAAUUAUGGAAUUUGUCUGUUGUGUAGAAACAAGGAAGGAUUCUGGAAUCAAACAGCAUUUAAAUUGGAUGUUGUUCUGUAGAUAAUAAUAAAUAUUAAUGGUUUGAAAUUUUUAAAAAUUUUCCACACUUGA